UGUGCCUCUGACGUUAAGCGCUUCAUUACGGUGUGUGUGUGCAAUCUGUUUGACGCGACCAUGGAGAAAAAGAAAAACUUCUCUGAAGAUGAACGCGCCGUGUUGCUGGAACUGCUCUCACGCCACCGCAGCGUCGUGGAAAACAAGAGGACUGACGCGGCGUCCGUGAGUCGGAAACGACAGGCCUGGGAAAAAAUCGAGGACGAAUUUAACUGCCGCCACAACGUGACGCCGCGCAAAUGGAUCCAACUGAAGAAAUGCUGGGAGAACUUGAAAGACAAGUGGAGAAGAACAAACGCUGAAGACAUGCGGGAGCGGUUUGCUACAGGUGGCGGAACACCACCACCAAGCCAGAUGACCGACGAGCUGCAGCGCGUUGGAGACAUCGCGUCACACAUGGCUGUUCGGCUGCCCAAUCCCUGUGACAGUGACCGCAGCCGGCAUAAUGCUGUGCCAGGGGGAUCGCAGCCUUCCAAAUCGCAGUGCACACCUGCUGUCGCUGCACUGCUGUCAGAGACUCAAGACAGGCCUCUGGAACAGGUCGCUGGUAUGGCUUAAUCAUAUUUUUUUCAUUGCCCAUGUUUUCGGUCUGUUACGUUCAAUUUUUUGUAACAAAAACGCUCUUCAUUUAUUACGUUGGAGCUAUCACGUACACAUUUCAGUGUCCAGUAUUUCAGUCAUUUUCCCAAUGGUGUGUUUGACAGGCCUCGGUGCUUUCAUACU